UGUCUUAAAGGGGGAAAUAAAGUAACGAGGCUAUGGCUGAGACAAAACCAGAUCAGAGUAGCGAACAAGACRAUGAAUGCAGCUGCUGGGAGGUAGAUUGGAAGAGCCCRGAGUUAGCGUGGCAUAUCAAGGAGGUCCAUCCCUUGCUUUUGAAGCAYGAAGCCAAAGUCACGGGAGGACGAGUUAAUCUGAGAGUUCUCGUACCGCUAUGUGGGAUUACUGUAGACCUACUGUGGUUCGCUAAUCGAGGACAUUCUGUUGUAGGAAUUGAGUAUGAUGCCAAGGGAUGUCAAGCUUUUUUCGAGCUCAAUGACAUCGCGUUUGAGACAGAGCCUCUUAGCGAUGAAUACAAAGUUUUCAAGGGGAAAAACAAAGAUAUCACGCUAUUCCAGUGUGACUUUUUCAAGUUCCCUAGCCUUGUGCCUUCUAUGAAAUCUUCUUUUGACGUCAUUUGGGACAGAGCGGCGCUCAGAACAACCGUAAGCGAACCAGAAGGAUCCGACGCCAAAGCUUAUUUGUCUGUUCUUCGACAGCUUGUUGCCCCCACUGGGAAGCUUGCUUUAGAGAAUACGAGAUUUAAUCUCCAAGAUUGCACUUCACCUCACUAUCCUGGGAUCGUGAGCGACGAAAUGGUUGAAAAACUGGGAAAAGAGGAAUGGAAUGUGUCGAAAAUCGAUCAGAUUGAAUUUGAGAAGGGCGAUGGGGUAGAGCCCUUUUAUCGUCAGUUCAAGCAUAAUAUAGCUUUGCAUUUCUUAACUCCAAAGUAAAUAACGCGUAUUUACAAGAAAAAUAUCCAUCGUAGUAGCCUGGAUAGUAGAUGAAACUUUUGUAUAGAUAACCUUUAUAUACACACACACGAUGUAUCCUAUGUCUAUCCCGAGAUACACAAUGUAAAUGGGAAUGAAAGAAUGAAUAAAAAGUGAAAAUGAAAACAAA